AUGAAUGUGCCAAAAAUCCGGGUGACUCUUCAAGAACAUAAAUUUCAUUCAGAGGAUUUCGCCUUUUAUUCAACUUCAGAUUAUGAAGCGAAAAUUAAUGCGUUUUGUGAGGAUGGAGAUUUGACCAUAAAUGAAAAUGAUUGUACAACUUAUUAUGAAUGUGUCCAUGGCCAAUAUCAACUAAGGCUAUGCGAAUAUGGAACAUUUUUUAAUCCAGAGACAAAAUGCUGUCGUUCGGAUUAUAAAUGUCCAAAACUGAGGCGAUCCAUCGAAAAUCAACAACAACAAUGUAACCAUGGUGAUGUAUUUCCUGACGAAAAUGAUUGCACCAAAUAUUAUAUAUGUAUUGGUGACGAAAAUGAAAGAAGACUUGAGAGGCGAACAUGUCCAAAAACUAAACGAUUCGAUUCAAAACUAAACCAUUGUGUUAAUUUUGAUUAUCGAAAUGGAUUAUUAUUCAAUAGGAAUUUUGCUGAUGAUUCGUGCACGGAAAGUAGUGAAAAAGAUGGUUAUCGUGAAGAUCCGUAUGAUAAUAACCGAUAUUAUCAGUGUGCGCAAGGAAGAUGGAUACAUAUGAAUUGUCCGCCAAAUUUAGUGUGGAAUCCCGAUGUAGCUGUUUGUGAUUGGAAAAAAAUAAAUAACAAUUAUCGAAAAUAUUGUCUGUAA